AUGGCCCCCUCACCAUUGCCAAAGUAUGUCUACAAGAUCAUACCCUCGGCUCCCCCCACGCCCAUUCCGGACCAGUACCCACUCUCGGACCUUGACAAGGCAGACGGCUUUGUGCACUUGAGCACGGCGAGCCUGAUCCCAGAGACACUCUCCCUCUUCUUUCAGUCGGCUUCCAGUGUCUGGAUCUUCAAACUACGCUUUACUUUUACGGACAAGGUCACUUAUGAGAACGGUGAUGGCUACCCGCAUCUUCAUGGCAACUUUGGCGCUGCCGAUAUUGAGGAUACAAAGGAGUUUACCCGUAGUGAGGGACAAGACUGGAAAGCGGCAACGAAAAACUACGCAGAAUGGCUAGUUUAA